CCACUUUGGUCGCGGUGAUGCAUAAAUUCGAUUGUGCUCAAUUUCGAAUUAAUGGUCGAAUUUUUAAAAUAGUGGCAUCGAAUAGAUUUGCCUUGGCGCUUGGCAUUCCACUCAUCCACCACCAACACACGUCGAUUUUUGUACCGUCUCAAAGGAAGAAGAUCCGCCUUUGCAAUAAUAAGACCACGAUACCAAGCUUGGAGGACAAACGAACUGUGCAACGGCGACAAUGGCGACCAACUUGCUCUUAUUUGUUUAUUUGGUUUUUGUCACGCUGGGAUUAUUUGCACUGGAUGCGGAUGCUUUCUCGCCACUUCACCACCAUCACCACAAGACAUCAUGUACGACCCUGUUCAUGGGCAAGGGUUUGAACAAAUUCAAGAACAAACAAGCCGAUUUGAAACGAAAACUGGAAUUGGCCAAACAACAAAACAAAAAAGACGACAUUGACGAUGAUGACGACACGAGUCAACAAAAGCAUCUGACGGACGAAGAAAUCAAGGAACAAAAUGAUCGCAAACGAUUCGAGCAAUUGCUACAGCGAGAAGGGGCCACAAUGUUGAACAAUUACGAGUCCGAGGGAUAUCUCAGUACCCAACAAGAAGAAGAGGAAAUUACUGCUGCACGAUCCGGCGCGGACCGUAUCUUUGAAGGCGACCCGGCACCAGUCGAUUGCUUUGAGGGUUUAGUAUCCGUCACGACCGAAAAAUCCAUUGCCAAGAAAGGAACCGGUCGAUUGGUACCAUGGCUGGCCAAGGACUACAAUAUCGAUCACGACGACUAUCGCGUCAUUAUUUGCGACCCACGACAACAAUCUACCGAUCUCCAUCAGGCCAUGAAAGACUUAAAUGGCGCCCUACCCAAGGACAUCAAGGAUAGACUCUACUACAUCAAUGCCGAUACACCCGCCGAAAAUAGACGAUGGUUGAAAAAGAAUGGACUCCGACACUUGGAUGUCUACUGCGACGACGACGACAAGACGUGGAUGAGAUCCUACACGGCACUGGGAGACAAACGAUGGUACAUUUCCAUGUUUGUCAUUCAUAAGGGAAAGGUGUCCAAACUAGUUCGAGAAAUGGAUGUCUACAAUGCACCCAAGACGGUGCUCAAUGCUGUCAAGGCCAUGAAAAGUGAGCAGCUGUAAAAAUAAAGGAAUUCUUGUAUGUAGCUACUACUUUGUUACC